AUGACCGGCGAGGACGUUUCUAAGCAACCAAUGUACGAGGAGUUAGAAUACGAGGACGCUAUUGACGCAACAUCUUCAGAAAACUAUCUUUUGCAAAGUAAUACAUUAUUUUUAUGGGUAAAAUUCGGAGAGAUCCGUGACUUCGUAUUCGUUGGAAAGGAUAUCCUCGCAACAGCUUCCGGUUUGCACGUUCGUUUCAUCAAUGUGCACACAAGGGAGAAAAGAAUCGAAUUGUUCGACGAUCAAACUAGAGGCACUGGUAUAUCGAAUUUAUCGGGACACACGACUGUACCGGUGUUUUCCGUAGCAGAUAAACAAUCUAAUCCCACUAUUAGAAUAUUCACUUAUCCGAGGAUUCAUAAAAUCUCUUCCUGUACGAGCACAGAAGAAACGAACGGUUAUUUAUCAUGUACCUUUGCCGGUACAGAUUAUUUUAUAGGAUUGACAAGUUUUCCAAAUUUUCAACUUGUCGUUUGGCUAUGGCAAACUGGUAAUAAAGUUUUCGUUAGAAAUACCAAAUUAGAGGAUUUCAUUCAAACGAUCGCAUGUUCUCCAUUUUCUCCUCACGCAAUAGCGCAAUUUGCACGAACCACCGGUAAACUUGCCGUUUAUCGAAUGUGUGUGUGUUCGAAAAUCGUCACCUUAUACCCGAUAGAAAUCAAAUCUCUCAAAAACAAACUAACCUCCGUUUGUUGGACAAACGAUGGUAAUCUCUUGCUCUGCGACGAGUUUUCCAAAGUUUACUCGAUAAGCGCCGACGGUAGCAAUCGAAACGUUCUCAUAGAAAGAGAUUCGAACUCUCAAACAACGCACGAUGAUCGUUAUCCUUUCGCUGUUGCUUUUAAAAAUGGCUUGUUUCUCGUUAAUACACGAAUAAGUGAAAUCGCAUUUUAUAGAAAAUCAUUUGUCAGAGAUCUGAAAGAAUCCUGGCAAAAAGUAUGGUCUCUAAAUAAUAACAAAUGCGAGCUACCCAUUCGAGCUAAAGCGCAUAAUCAAAGGGAUAGCCUAUUUCUUCAUGAUGAGACCGGACGAAUCACGGAGAUUACUAUGUUAAAUGAUGAUUAUGUUCCACGUUUCGAAAUUAUUUAUAUGGAUGGUAUCAAGUACAAAGAGAUUGUAACGACAGGAUCACAAUUCUCUUAUUUGGUUGCUAUCGAUCAAUUUGAUUAUUUGAAUAUUAUCAAUUCCUCCACAGGACAGGUUGAGAAAAAGCUCGCUUUGAAACUGCAUGGUCAAGUUGUUUGUGUUAAGACACAUCCGAACUUGCCGAUAAUUUCUACUAGCAGCAUUACAGGAAAUUGUUUGUUCAUCGAUGUUUCCACGAAUAAACCGAAAAUCUUAACGUGCUUCCAUUUGGACAAAAUUUCAUUAGAUAGAAUGAAAUUUUCUAGCGAAGGAAAAUUUAUGGGAAUUGCAAAUUCCACGGUUGGACGCAUAUUUGUCAUUGGGAAAAAUAUCAACAAUGGUGAUUUGAGUUUCGUUGGUCUACUCACAACAAAAAUCCAAAUAAUUGAUUUUCUCAUAUACGAUCGAAACGAUGACGUUAUAAAAAUCUUGAUUCUCCUUAUGACAAGGACAAAUGUUAUGACAGGAAAUAAAUUAAUACUGUACGUGUGCAAAGUCAAAGAGAAUAUCGAAGAGAAAAUAGAAUGUAUAAUAGAUUUGUUAAAUCAUUUUAAAUCGUUGCAAUAUGGUCCAAGAAGAAAUGUAGAUAUUAUAGGUGUACCUUAUUUGUCUAAACAAUUGCAUCGAAUGGAGAUAAAGAAUGAUUUUAACGAUCUCGUCCUAACGGAAGCAUUGCCGACGAUGCAUGAAUUAAAAAAUAUUGAAGUAUACGUAGAUCGUGAUCGUAUCAUAACUUUUGGAUACGACGGUCUGAUCGUGAUAAGAGAUAAUAAGAAUAUUCGAAGGAUCCUUGCUAUUUUUAUGGCCCAUCAUCGAAACGAGUGUGGUAUUAGGUCAGCUACGACAAUCAACGAGACGAUCGUAUCGCUCGGAAAAAAUGGCGAUCUGAUAGCUAGCAAGUUAUGUCGUCACUAUGUCGAAACGAUCUCGAUCGAAGCAGACUCACGUUUCUUGAAUUCCUUCAACGUUGUUUUCGAGAUUAACAAUAAAUUGUACAAUGAAGGACGAGAAACUUAUUUGGAGAAUGUUCAAAAAAUUCAAUGGGAACAAGAAAUGAGAGAAGGGACGUCAGCUCGACGUACGAUCUUGUUGGAAUUAAACAAAUUGAAGAACAAAAUUAAACUUUUGCUUGAUUCGAACGAAAAAGAAACGAUACAUGCACGUUUACCGAUUUCUUCCUACGAUUUGGAUAUGGAAUAUAGAAAGUAUAAAAUUGAAAGGGCCAGAUUAGAACGUGAAGAAUUGAAAAAAUUUUACGACGAAGAAAUUGAAGCACGGAAUACGGCUUGUCAAUAUUUAAGAAAAACAUUUUGGGAUGGUGAACACGUUAACGCUUGUCAACUAAGAUCCAUAUUUAAUGACGUUAUUGUUAAAAAUUAUCCUUUGAGUAUAGUUAACGUAGAUAUAGAUGAUUUUCGAAUGUCGGAAGGAUACUCGAUGGAGAUACUUGAUAUCAUUUCCAGUGUGCAACAAACAUUUUGAUACCUACAAAGUUUAAAAAAUUAUUCUU